GUCAGUCCACAGCUGGCUCUAUGAAACAAAACACAAAGAAACUCAAACUUAGAAGUCAGAAUUGCUGUGGUAGGAGAGCACAAGUCUUCUCUCCUUGCUCUAGACAAGAGGAGCUCCACUUUAAGAUGAAAAGUCUUCCAUUUCUCCUGCUGUGUGUUGGAUUUUCCUUUGGACUCCCCAUUCUUUCACAGGAAAGAGGUGACAAUCAAGAUAUACACCUUGCACAGAAAUUUCUAAGUCAGUUCUAUGAGCAAGAUCAUGAACCAGGGCAACGGGGCUGGAAAAGUGAUACUUAUACCUUUCUGGACAAAAUUCAACAAAUGCAAAGAUUUUAUAACCUGAAUGUAACUGGAAAGUUAGAUGAUGACACACUGAAAGUUAUGCAGCAGCCAAGAUGCGGAGUUCCUGAUGUUGGACAGUAUGUCUUGGCUUCUCCUGGAUGGAAAAAAAAUAAGCUAACAUACAGGAUUGUGAAUUACACACCUGACAUGAGACAAGUUGAUGUGGUCACAGCUAUCCAAAAGGCCUUUGAAGUUUGGAGCACAGUGACUCCUCUGUCUUUCAGGAGGGUUCAUAAGGAGAGAGCAGACAUUACAAUUGAGUUUGCAACUAGAGUGCAUGGCCGCUGUCCUCGACAUUUUGAUGGGCCUCUGGGAGUCCUUGGACAUGCCUUCCCCCCCAACAAUCCCUUCCGUGGCAACGUCCACUUUGAUGAGGAUGAAAACUGGACUGCCAGUUUAGCAGCACAAAGAAGAUCUGCCAAUUACCUUGGCAUACUAGCAGAGGAUGUCAUCAAUCCUGCUAUGAAAAAGGUCUCUGAGUUGCACUCCCCCAUGUUCCCACUCCACUACAGCACUAUAGAAUUCAACUUAUGGCUGGUUGCUGCUCAUGAGAUUGGUCACGCACUUGGCCUUGCACACUCUGGUGACCCAAGAGCACUGAUGUACCCAAAUUAUAAACCCAUUGACCCUGAGGAUUUCCCACUCUCCCAAGAUGAUAUUGAUGGCAUUCAGGCCAUUUAUGGACCAUCAUUAAAUCCUCCAAAGAGCCCAGUAAAACCAACACGACCUGAAGCUUGUGAUCCUAAGCUUUCAUUCGAUGCCAUCACUACACUGAGAAGAGAAAUCCUCUUUUUGAAGGGCAGGCACCUAUGGAGAGUGUUUCCUUCUCGCUCAGAAGUUGAUCAUGAAUUAAUUUCCACCUUUUGGCCUUUUCUACCAUCCAACAUCCAGGCAGCUUAUGAAAAUAUGAAUGAUCAGGUUUUCUUUUUCAAAGAUAACCAUUUCUGGAUGAUUAGUGGCUUUCAGGUGCAACCUGGCUAUCCCAAAACUAUUGGUAAUUUUGGCUUCCCACAAAACAUUAAGAAAAUUGAUGCUGCCCUUUUUGACAGAAAUACUGGAAAAACCUAUUUCUUUAUUGGUACCAAUUAUUGGAGGUAUGAUGAAAAUCGUCAAUCUAUGGAUGUGGAAUACCCACGAAAAAUCAAGGAUGACUUUCCUGCAAUUGGCCAGCAAGUAGAUGCAGCUUUUCAACAUAAUGGGCUGUUCUAUUUUUUCCAUGGCUCCAAGCAGUGGGAAUUUGAUCCAAAUGAGGAAAGAGUGAUUCGUGCAAUGGAAAGCAACAGCUGGCUUAACUGUUAGAAUUUUCAGACACUUCUCCCUCUUUUUGCACAUCACUUUUCUUGUUUUACUACCUAAGUGCUUAGUAGGAGAUACUGGAGGCAGCUGCUGUUUGCCUUUCCUGUUGUAGGUUGGUGCAUACAGCUAUAGGAAAAUUGCCUAGAGAAGAAUUCCAGUCAUUCCCAGUGCAAACACACUGGUGUUUCCCCGGCCAUCCUUCACUCUUUCCCCAUUGCUGAUCUUUCUUUAUUAAAGGCCAGCUAGACAAUGGAUAAGAAGGAACAGGAUGGAAAAAGUAUUUGUAAAAAGACUUUGUUAAUUGAGAUAAAACUCAGAAACAGUGCCAAGAUUUUCAGUAUCUUUUUAUAACAGC